CACAGGAUGUGAAGAGGAAUUUCAAGAGAAAGAUUUGCCUUCAGGUCAAUAGACUGAUUGUGUGAGCUGAAUCGACAAGAAUGUCUUUAAUCUUCAAUAGACCCUCUCUGACCAGGUUGCUGCUGAUGAAAGCCAUUCAUCCCAACUGCAGGUCAACGAUUUCAAGCAAGCCACCAAAGGAAAAGAUUGGGCCAGUGCAGUCUGCCUUUGCUCUGUGUGCGUUUGCUCUAACUCUCCUGGCCCCGGCUGGAUGGAUUUUACAUCACAUCCCAGUGUACAAGCAGAGAUAAACUCCAACUCCAAGACUUUGGAAACAUUUCUGCACUGAUGCUGAGACUGAAGACCUGCAAGUCUAUGAGGCAUUUUUACCUUUAAAUGUUCAGAAUGAAGCAAUAUGCUUUUUUUCAUGUGUUAAGGUCCAGAUGUCCAAUCUCCUUUGUAAAACUUUAUUUUCUAAAUAAAAUAUCUUGAAAUAAUGAACAAA